AUGGCUACACACAUCGACCGUUUCCUAGCCGAGCAUGCGGUCUCGAGCAUACCCGAGGAGCCUCGCCCCGGCCCGUCAGCUGCACCCUCGCUUACAUACUCAUAUUCCGAGUCCUCUGACGAGCACGAAUUGGAAGAGCCCCGCCAGCCCGAACCCCGCCGCCGACGCGCAUCGACGCGCCUGAUUGCACAGAGCCCGGCUGAUGUGCAGCGCAUCACGGGCGAGACCACAACGCAAUUGAUCCGCCGAUGCUGCGGAGGCGGUUGCUGCCUCGGACUUGGGCGUCCCAAGAAGGACGACGUCGAGGUCGAGCAGAUCGAGUUCCCCGACAACGACGCAUACCGAUCGCUGUGUCUUAAGAUCGACCAGGUUCCUGCGACGCUGAACGGCGUAUGCGAUCUGCCCGACCAGACGACUUUCCUACAACCGCUCCGGCGGCCCUCGAAUGUACCCUCUCCCACCGACUCGGGUGUUUCUCUGGGUGGGGACAGCCCAGCGUCGGCGGUGGGUGAUGUAGAGAAGACGUUACACAAUCUGACGCUGGAGGACCUCGACACCGGGAUACAGCCGCCCUCGUUUGUGCAACCGCACCCCCCGCACCACGUCUUCCCCGCGCGCCUCCACAACACACGCGAGCUGACCCGCCCGGGCGCCGAGAAGCGGACAUUCCACUUUGAUCUCGAUGUUACAAACUAUCCCGAGGGCGAGGAGCACGACUUCAAGGUCGGCGGCGCAAUUGGCGUCUCAGCACCCAAUGAGACGUCCAUGGUGGAGGAGGUCCUCGAUCUUCUUUUGGUGCCCCGCUUCCUCCGCGACAAGCCGGUUUUACUUCGCACGACCUCGGGAAGAUGGCCGACCGUCUGGGGUGCUGACAAGGCGCGGGAGAUCGCCACGACCCGCCGCGACCUGCUGACCUGGUGCUCCGACAUCCAAUCGUACCCGCCGACCAAGCAGAUCCUGCGCCUUCUCGCCGAGCACGCGACGGACGCAAACGACCGCAAGAUCCUCCUCUUCCUCUGCUCGGCCGAGGGCCAGGGCGUGUUCUGCGACUUCCGCACGGGGCCGCACGUCUCGCUCGCCCAGCUGCUGCACGCCUUCCCGAGCGCUAAACCGCCCCUGGACCACCUGCUGUCGGUGCUGCAGCCGCUGAUGCCGCGCUUCUACUCGCUGUCCAACGACCCGCACGAGUCGUUCCUGACGCGCGACGGCAAGCAGCACCGCCUGAUCGAGAUCGCCGUGACGGUCCACGAGACGGCCGACUGGCGGUCGGGCACCCGGCCGGGCGUCGGCUCGGGCUUCUUCCAGCGGCAGGCGCUCAAGUUCCUGGACGCGCAAAAGAAGCAGCAGGAGGGCGCGGGCGGCGGCGGCGGCGGCGGCGGCGACAAGGAGCCGGAGUUCUACAUCCCCAUGUUCAAGGGCCUGAUGGCGAACCCGCUGGCCAAGCAGUUCGUGACGGACGGGCCGAUGCUGCUGAUCGGGGCCGGGGUGGGCAUCGCGCCGUUCCGCGGCUUCGUGCAGCGGCGGCUCAAGACGGCCAACUGCGCCAACAAGGUGUGGGUGCUGCAGGGGGUGCGCGACUCGCUCGUCGACGAGCUCUACAGCGGCGAGUGGGGCGUGCACGAGGACGAGGUGAAACGCGUCGUGCAGAGCCGCCGCGGCGAGGGCCGCUACGUCCAGGAGGAGGUCCAGGCCCAGGCCGACCUGGUCUGGUACAUCAUCAACUCGGUCGACGGCCGCGUCUUUGUCUGCGGCAGCAGCCGCGGCAUGGGCGAGGGCGUCGAGAAGGCCCUCGUCGAGGUCGCCAUGGACAAGGGGAACCUCGAGCGCGAGGAGGCCCAGACGUUCUGGGACCUGAAGAAGGGGGCUGGGCAGUACAUUGCGGAGACGUGGUAA